CGGCGCUGACGGGUCGGGGCACGCCGAGCUGGGCGAGCGGCCGGAGCGGAGCGGAGCGGGCUCAGCAUGGACGAGGACGUGUUGACCACGCUGAAGAUCCUCAUCAUAGGCGAGAGCGGGGUGGGCAAGUCCAGCCUGCUCUUGAGGUUCACAGAUGAUACUUUUGAUCCAGAACUUGCAGCAACAAUAGGUGUUGACUUUAAGGUGAAAACAAUUUCUGUGGAUGGAAAUAAGGCUAAACUUGCAAUAUGGGAUACUGCUGGUCAAGAGAGGUUUAGAACAUUAACUCCCAGCUAUUACAGAGGUGCACAAGGUGUUAUAUUAGUCUAUGAUGUCACAAGAAGAGACACCUUUGUUAAACUGGAUAAUUGGUUAAAUGAAUUGGAAACAUACUGUACAAGAAACGACAUAGUAAACAUGCUAGUUGGAAAUAAAAUUGAUAAGGAAAAUCGUGAAGUUGAUAGAAAUGAAGGUCUGAAAUUUGCACGGAAGCAUUCCAUGUUAUUUAUAGAGGCAAGCGCAAAAACCUGCGAUGGUGUUCAGUGUGCCUUUGAAGAGCUUGUUGAAAAGAUCAUUCAGACGCCGGGACUGUGGGAAAGCGAGAGCCAGAGUAAAGGAGUCAAACUGUCACACAGGGAUGAGAGCCAUGGAGGAGGAGCCUGCGGUGGUUACUGUUCUGUGUUAUAAACUCUGGGAAAUUCCAUCUCUUGCAUAUUUCAUCAGAUAGUGACAUCUUUCUGUAUAUAAACUCUUAACUGCUAUCUUAGGGACCUUGCAGUUUGCACAGAAUUGUUUUUAUCAUGGCAGUGAAUAUUUGCAAGAAAUCCCACUCAUUGGCUUUCCCAGGUAAAUGUUAUGGUAAGCAUGCACAGUUUGCAGUCUAUAGGUUUUUAUGUAACAUAAAAUAGGUGUACCUUUAUAAGUACAUUUUGUUUUAUGAUUUACAUUUAUCAUGUAAUUUUUAAAAAACAUCCAUCUGUCUAGUAUAUGUUGCUACAGGUCUGCCUUUUGUCUCCUUUUUGCUUAAAUAUUCUUAUCAGUUGCUGAAUGAAUUGGCAUGUAGAACUCCUAGAACCAUGGAGAGGUAUUCAGGUAUCAUCAAACAGGUCAGAUUUCCUUUGAGAAGUAACAAAGCAUGAUUUUACACUUUCCUGGGACAUUUGGGAUUCUCUUAGUAUGAAGCAAAAUUCUCAGUACAGAAUGUAGCCAGACCAAUUCAUAAUUAACUCUCUUUGUUCUGAUGAUGCUCUAAAAUGGUAGUGACAUGUUAACAAAGUUUAGUAUUACUUUUGAACUCACUUCAGUGCUUAGCUCAGUUAACUGGAGUUUUAAUCCUGUGAUAUGUACAUUGGAUUCAUGAUCCAUUGAUACUGUUUUUAGUUAUGUGGGGUUGGGCAGAAUGGCAAUAAAGUUUUCCCUCAUUUUGGUUUCGGAAGGACAUGAAUGGUGUGAUCAUAGUAACUCUUUUAGUACUCCCACUUUUAAACCAACAUCUUUUGUCAUAAAUGUUGGUGAUGUUUGUCCAUAUACUUCAGUUGUAGCUUGUGUGAUGUUUAUGAUUUUCUGUAUCUAUGGCUUCCAUAAAUGGCUAGUUGAUAUUCAGAAACCCGUUUCUCUGUUUUGAGGGGUGGGGGGAGAACACUAACUGAUAAUUUAAGGAAAGGCAUAUUGCUUCCAAAUUUUGAUGUGUGGGAAAUAUGUUGUAACGAAAAUCUAAUAAUUAACUGUAACAAAUAGUCAAUAGUUUAUCAGAACCAACUUGUACAGACUAAUCUUUUCCACAGUAUUCAGGUUUCUAACUUCUUGCUAUGGCAUAUUGUAUGUUUCCUCACUCAGUUGUUAAUUAAUUUACAUGGACCUCUGCUACCUUAAACCCAAAUAAAUAAUUUAUCCUUUGAGGCUAGUCACUUUAAUACCUCUCACUUAGAUUCCAGUAUUAACUUUUGGACAUUUAUUCUCUGUGUAUAUUUGCAAAUGAUAAACAUUUUUGUGUACCCUUGCAAUAUAUGUGCUAAUGGAUUUACUUCAAAUUGGGUUCCUUCCAAAAUGUGUUUCUUCACAUAUGAAAGUCUCACAUUCUAUUUUGUUUACACUUGUUAGUGACAUGUGAUUAAACAUUUUAUACAUUCUGUAUAUUUUUAUUGAAUAUAAAACUUUUGCUUCAAUAAUAGAAAAAGGUAGCCACACAUGUACUUAUGAUUUGUUCAUGUUACAUUAAACUAGAUUUGUGUA